AUGCUCGGGUGGUUGCCCCUUGGUUGGUGUCCUAGGUGUAUGGCUCUCCCCAACGAUUUGGAUGGGGUACGCGGCCGUCGUACGCGAGCGCUGACAGAGCUGCUAAUGGAUACACUCACCUCCAAAAAGCUCUGGGAUGAGUUUGGCAUUGAUGACGAUAUAAUUCCUUUCACUUUUCACUUCCCCAGAGCCGACAUUCACGAAAUCCUCACCCCCGAUCUCCUUCACCAAGUCAUCAAAGGAACCUUCAAAGAUCAUCUUGUGACGUGGGUAGGUGAAUAUUUGGAGCUUGAGCAUGGCGAGGCACGCGCAAACGAAAUAAUGGAUGAUAUUGAUCGACGGAUUGCAGCAGCACCCCCGUUUCCGGGUCUUCAUCAGUUUCCUCAUGGUCAUCGUUUCAAACAGUGGACAGGAGAUGACUCAAAGGCUUUGAUGAAGGUGUAUCUUCCUGCCAUUGCGGGACAUGUCCCCACUGAGAUGGUACAAUGCAUCAGCACCUUCCUUGAUGUUUGUUACAUCAUACGGCAUGCUGAUAUCACCGUCGACACCCUGAAAGAGUUUGAUACAGCUCUUGCAAAGUUCCAUCAUCACUGUGAGGUUUUCCGAACCACCGGCUUUGGUGCCCCUGGAGGUAUCUGCUCUUCCAUCACAGAGUCUUGCCACAUCACUGCCGUCAAGAAGCCAUGGCGGCGAUCCAACCGAUACGAGGCCCUCCAUCAAAUGCUUGUAACCAAUCAGCGCCUCGACAAACUCACAGCGGCCCGCAUCGACUUUAUCAACCGAGGCAUGCUGCCACCCUCAUACGCGCCACCUCCUGCGCCAGUGGAACACAUUCAUGACAACGAUGAAGGGGGAGAUGACGCGGAACCAACAGAUGACCCUUACGUGAUGGGGACUGUUGUCCUUGCUUGUACACGAGUACCCCCGUCUUCUCCAAGGGCUAGCUGA